AUGCAAGACGAGAAGAAAAAAGCGAGAAGAAAAAAAGGAGAAGGAAAAAAAGCGGCAGGAAAAGUAAAGUUUGCCCCUUUGUGGGAAGAGCUUAGUCAGCAGUCUCUUCCCGCCAUCAAGCAAAAAGACAAACACGGCAAGAAGAAGAAGAGGAAGAGAAAGAAGCUGAAGUCAAGGAGGACAAAAGGUGAUGGACGGGAGAAGACGGCGUCUGGAGGUGAUGGGCAGAGGGAUAGCUGCAGCGCAGCGCCCUUUUGCUGGUUUAUUUAUAGGGCCGGAAGUAAGCAAACCAGCCCUACUCCGUACACUCUAGUUACACUCUGCCGGCAGCCAGCUCUCAGUAUCUACCGUCUCAAUGGCAUCCUCAGGCAUAAAUAG